AUAUUAUAUCUGUUACAUCUAAAUAUAUAUCUGUCUGCCUUUACCUAAUUGUCACACCAUUAUCCAUAUAUGCAUGCAGCGAUUUACCCAUCCAUCCAUCUAUCCCUUGGUUUUUCCCUUAGGUGGAUGAGUUGUCCGUGGGGACAUCAGGAGUCGUAGCUACAUCAGUGACCACACCAUUCUGAGGCAGUGGAUAUAUCAACAAGUAGCACAUGCCCUGAGUGGCAGCUGAGAUGUCACGUCCCCACCGGAUCGCCUCCACCAGCCACCUUUUCUUCAGGAGGCUUUUAUUUGCACUUAUGACGAUACACACAGCAUUGGGGGGAGACAAGACAGAAAGGUGCGAUGGUCGAGACUGCAGCGUCUGCCAGUGUUUCCCCCCCAAAGGAGAGAGGGGGAAUCCUGGUGUGUUAGGUCAGCAGGGCCCACAGGGCCCUCGGGGUUUGCCUGGCCCCCGAGGACUUAAUGGUGAAAAGGGUCAAAGUGGAUUCGUAGGAUGGCCUGGGCUCUCCGGCCCGAAAGGAGACCAGGGAUUUCAAGGAGAAAAGGGCCAUGCUGGAUUAGACGGAGUGCCUGGUCAUCCAGGGCCUGGUGGUCCUCCUGGUUUUCCAGGGAAGGAUGGCUGUAAUGGAGCCAGAGGGAAAUUUGGGUUGAAUGGUGAGAUAGGACGACCCGGGCUCCCAGGAGCCAAGGGACUACCUGGGUUAAAAGGAGCCAAAGGAGACAUGUCUACAAGUUUAACUUUCAUUCCUGGUACACCUGGUGAUGAUGGACUUUCUGGAAUCUCUGGACCACAAGGACUGAAAGGUUUAUGUGGCCCAGAAGGUCCUCCAGGAAAAAUGGGACCUGAUGGAUUUAGGGGUUUACAAGGAUUAUCAGGUCGAAGAGGCCCACCGGGAGACCUAGGAAGAUUACUACCAGGACCAAAAGGAGAUGAGGGCGAACAGGGUCCUCAGGGUGAACCAGGUCCAUUUGAAUAUGUGGAGCCUAACCCAGAAGACUGUGUAAAAGGCGAUAAGGGGAAAAAGGGACCGAGAGGAAUUUGUGGAGUACCUGGGGCAGAGGGUUGUGAAGGGCCUCCAGGAGAAGAAGGACAGAAAGGCAUAAUUGGGCUCUCUGGUCCCAGAGGUCUUCCUGGAUGUCCAGGCAGAAGAAGCUCUCAAGGACUUAAGGGUCCAUGUGGGGAUAUUGGUCUUCCUGGUCUAUGUGGCAUCCAAGGGCCAAAGGGCUACCAAGGUGACCCCGGACAUAAAGGAAACCCAGAGUGCUAUUACAACCAUGUGAUAGGACCACCUGGAGAUCGUGGGCUUCCUUGUGCAGCGGGACUUCCUGGGGAUAGAGGAAUGCCGGGUAUACCUGGACCCCCUGGUGAUCCAGGAGCAUGUAUAACAGGUCCAGUGGGUGAAUGUGGUCUGCCAGGUCUUAAUGGACUCAAAGGAGAAAAAGGUGACCCAGGAAAGCUAUGCGGGUCACUCUUAAAUGGGGAACCUGGAAAACCGGGCUGCCCUGGACCCAAAGGACAAAGUGGAAAUCCUGGGAAUUCUGGUUACUACUGCCUGACUGGUAUACGUGGAGAAACUGGACAGGCUGGAAAUAGAGGGCCUCCUGGAUUAAAAGGUGUUCAGGGAAGAAAAGGUCCUGAUGGGGGAUGUGCAUGUGACCCACUUGGUGAUUUACCCGGAGAUCCGGGCCCUCCAGGCCCUCCGGGUGUCCCUGGUUGUCCUGGGCAAACAGGGUGUCAGGGUCCUCCUGGCAAUGUUGGACCCACUGGAGAGAUGGGUGUGAGAGGUGUAACUGGUCCCAGAGGCUUCAUAGGUGUCAGAGGGGCUAAAGGAGAGAAAGGAGAUGUGAUGGUGAUGUGCAGAACGGGGGAUAAAGGUGAUGCAGGAUCUGUUGGAUCGUGUGGAAAACCAGGAUGUAGCGGGAGGAAAGGAGCUGAUGGGAAGAUUGGUGUCCCUGGAGAUCCUGGACCUAUGGGAGAUUGUAUUGUUGGUCCACCGGGUGACAUGGGGUGUCCAGGGGCUGCUGGUGUGAGAGGCGUAAGAGGUCCAGCUGGUCUUCCUGGCCCGAAUAUGAUGGGGUCAGUUGGGCGACGGGGGCAACAAGGGUGCCAAGGACCUCAAGGCCAGACGGGACCUCCUGGUCCUAAAGGCGUUCAAGGUGAUACACUGCCCUGUGGACCUGGCAUACGUGGAGCCCCUGGUUGCAAAGGGAUGCCUGGUUGUAAAGGUGAGAAAGGUAAGCUUGGAAAGCCAGGAUGCAUCGGACAGAAUGGACCAUAUGGUCCCAAGGGAGAGAUUGGAGACCCUGGUGACUGUACGGUAACAGGACUUAAAGGUCCAGUUGGAUGUUCAGGAGAUCCUGGUGACACUGGUCCAGAUGGCCACAGUGUUUGUGGCUCACCUGGCACACCUGGUAAUCGUGGAUGCCAGGGUCUAAAAGGGUGUUCUGGCGACUGUAUUACAGGGGCUCCAGGACCGAAAGGGCCCUCUGGAAUUCAGGGAUGUCAGGGCCCUAAAGGUGUCCCUGGACCUACUGGACCAAAUGGAUUGCAAGGUGCAUGUGGAGUUCCUGGUUUUCCUGGUAGAAAAGGGGAAAACGGAAUGGAUGGUACACCAGGAGCCCCUGGUUGCCCAGGUGGGAGACCAGAGCACUGUGACAAAGGACAAGCUGGUCCACCUGGUAAAACAGGACCACCAGGCUUCACUGGACAAAGAGGGUGCUCUGGAGAGAAAGGAUCGCCCGGGGAGGCAGGAUCAUCAUGCAUUGGAGCCAAAGGAGAAUGUGGUAUGCUUGGUACCCCGGGCAAUCAAGGAUGUGCAGGCCUUCAAGGACCUACAGGAUUCAAAGGGGACUGUGGAAACCCUGGAUGCCCUGGACCAAAGGGUUUGCCUGGAUGUCCUGGUCAAGAUGGCUGUCCUGGCAACAAAGGGAGGACUGGCUCUUUAGGGCCCCCUGGACCGAAAGGCAUUAGGGGUUUCAGUGGAUAUCCAGGUUGCCCAGGGGUAAAUGGAGCCAAGGGCCAGAAAGGAUGCAUUGGACCUCCAGGACCUCUGGGAGACAUAGUUCCAGUGCUAUUGAAAGGCCAGGUAGGGCCACCUGGACCUAUUGGCGGGAAUGGUUUCUGUGGAGAAAGGGGUAAUAAGGGGGACCCAGGUCCGCCUGGACAACCUGGGUGUGCGGGACAUAAUGGAGCUCCUGGGUUUGAAUGUGGCCAGUGUGGACCACCAGGCAUUCCUGGGCUGUGCGGUGUGCCUGGUGCACGUGGGCAGCGUGGGCCAAAGGGAAUUGUGGGAUUCCCAGGUGAUAAUGGUGAUCAGGGUGAUCCUGGAUUGUGUGGUCUGUCAGGAACCCCUGGUUUCCCUGGGUUUGAUGGUCCUAAAGGUGACAAAGGUGAAUCUAUUUGUGAGCCAGGACUAACAGGUGAGAGAGGGCCAUGUGGAGACAGAGGCGUGUCAGCUCCUCCUGGUGGUGAAGGAGACUGCGGUGACCCUGGCCCACAAGGGCCUAGGGGAUGCUCUGGUCCACCUGGACCACCUGGGAACAAUGGCCUGACUGGACUUCCAGGAGUCGUUGGGCCCCCAGGUCCUUGUGGAAGACAUGGUCCAGAAGGUCCCCCUGGAUGUCCAGGUCCCCCGGGCCCUAAGGGAAACCCAGGAAGGAUUGGCCUUAGAGGACCUCCGGGGCCCCCAGGACUCCAUGGACUGGACGGCCUGGAGGGGUACAACGGUGAAAAGGGGUGUCGAGGACAGGGUAUAAACGGUUGUAGGGGCAAUAAAGGGCUGACUGGAGACAAGGGCACUCCAGGAGACCCAGGGUUGCGAGGCCCAUUACAAACAGGUGUUCGAGGUCCCAAUGGAUUGUGUGGGUGCCAAGGAGACCCUGGUCCAAUGGGUCCUCCAGGCUGUCGUGGUCCAGAAUGUAGGACUCCUAAACAUGGACCUAGUGGAGAACGGGGUUGUGCUGGGCGAGAUGGACCUCCAGGGCCAAAGGGAGAGAACGGAGAGGCAGGCUGUGUGUUCACAGUGAGUGGGGAUUGUGGUGACCCAGGUUAUCCUGGGUCACCAGGGUGUAAAGGACAAAGAGGAUCGUGUGGGCCCAGUGGCCUCCCAGGGUGCGAGGGACUAAAAGGUCCAAAAGGUGAAAGAGGACAAUGUGGACUUAUGGGCCUUCCAGGACUCCCUGGCCCCAGAGGUGAUUGUGGGCCCCAAGGACUCUGUGGUCCAAAAGGAGACAUAGGGGACCCAGGGCUUAAAGGAGACCCUGGGACUGUCAUAAUUCCUCCUACUCCUUGUCCCCUUCCUCCGGGUCCUCCUGGUGCUCCUGGUGCACCUGGCCCGGUUGGUGAAUCUGGUGAACAUGGACCUAAUGGUACCGAGGGUCCAAAUGGUAUAAAGGGACAAAAAGGAGAAUCUGGGUUUGAUGGAUCUCGUGGGUCAGAAGGACCACAGGGACUAUCUGGAAACCCUGGAGAGAUUGGAGAGAAAGGAGAAAAAGGCUCUCGGGGACCACAAGGAUCAGUUGGUGAUCAGGGUCCUCCUGGACCGUCUUCCUCUGGCUUCCUUUUGGUGAUACACAGCCAGUCUGAGAUUGUGCCCACUUGUCCUUCGGGUCUAACAGAGUUAUGGAACGGCUACAGUCUACUAUAUCUGGAGGCUCAGGAAAGAGCACACAUACAAGACCUGGGCCAGGCAGGUUCCUGUUUACGUAUGUUCAGCACACUACCAUUCUCCUGCUGUAAUAUGAAUGGAUGUGACUACGCCAGCCGCAAUGACAAAUCUUAUUGGCUGUCUACAAACACCUCAAUUCCCUCGAAUUCCACCCUGAGGGGGAUGGAAAUUCAACCACACAUCAGCAGGUGUGUGGUGUGUGAGGUGUCAUCGCCAGCCAUUACUUUACACAGUCAAGACGGGACUACACCAGAGUGUCCAUCCAAUUGGAGAACACUCUGGGUCGGAUAUUCAUUUCUUAUGCAUACAGGAUCAGGGGAUGAGGGAGGUGGACCAUCUCUGGCAUCAACAGGAAGCUGUUUGCAGGAAUUCCACAGUCAGCCGUUUGUUGAGUGCCAAGGUCCACUUGGCACGUGCCAAUAUUCCCCCACCUUCUACAGUUUCUGGCUGACUAGAGUGAACAUGGAGCCCUUUAAUUCUGUUCCUUACAGUAGUGUGCUCACCGAACAGAACCAGCUUGAUAGCAUCAGCACAUGCAGCGUCUGCGUAACUUAAAACAGACUCUUGUGUUUUCUAAAAAAAAAAAGCUGCACUGAGAAUGCACAUCCAUAGGUCACUGGAGUCGAAGUGAUUGAGAUGCUUUUGGUCACUUAUUUUGGAGAUGAUAAAAAGGACAUGUCAAUUUGUGACCAUUUUUGUUAAACUGCAAGCUGUGAACUUUUUACUUCACCGGAUUUGUUCCCACAUGGCUCAGUCUAACAUUACUUUCUUUAUGUCUUCCCAUUUUUAUUACAUGUUGGUUCUAGCAAAAACCAAGACCGUUUGCAUAAAAACACCAAUGUACACCAAUGUUCAUUUUCUCUUUAGUUCCUUGUAUAAGCAAGUAUUAUUUUUGUGCACAUCAAAACAUUAUCAACACUAUAUUGUAAUGCUAGUUUAGCUCUAUGGUGCCAUUUUAUAGCAAAACAAAGCAUGAAUACUGAACCUUGAGAACAAAACUCACAUUAUCCAUUGAAAUCAAAUAGAACCGUCUGCUAGCUGCAGAUAACUAAAUUGCUAUUGCUGUCAGUGUACAGUAAAUGCA